UUGGUGAGAAACCAAAGAUUAAACUCCAGAAGAAAAUCAAAAGCACAUCCUAAUUGGAAGCUACUAUCGGUUAUAGUUGGACAUUCAGGCUGGGUUCGAUCGUUGGCUGUUGAGCCAGACAACCAGUGGUUUGCAUCUGGAUCAGUUGAUUCAACCAUGAAAAUAUGGGAUUUAGCGUCCAGAAAAUUGAAGUUGACUUUGACUGGUCAUAUCAUGGCUGUUAGGGAUAUCAAAAUAUCAGACAGACAUACAUAUAUGUUUUCUUGUUCUGAGGAUAAGACUGUGAAAUGCUGGGAUUUGGAGAAGAACAAAAUUAUUAGAGACUAUCAUGGGCACUUAUCGGCAGUUUACUCGAUGGAUAUCCACCCAACGUUAGACAUUAUUGCCACUGGUGGAAGAGAUGCCUCAGUCAGAGUUUGGGAUAUAAGAUCAAGAAUUCCAAUCUUUGUAUUAACAGGCCAUCGAAGCAAUGUUACUAAUGUGAAAUGCAGAUCUACAGAUCCUCAGAUUAUCAGCACUUCAAUGGAUGGUACCACCAGACUUUGGGAUCUCAAAGCUGGGAAAACCAUAAAAACAUUAACAUACCAUCAAAAGAGUAUUAGGGGCUUUGCUGUGAAUCCAGUUGAUGACACAUUUGUCACAGCUUCUUCGGGCGAAAUCAAGCAUUUCAAGUUCCCUGAGGGGGAUUUUAUUCAGGAUUUUACUCCUAACCAUGAUUCAAUCAUCAACACUUUGUCGGUAAAUGGCGAUGAUGAAAUCUUGUUCAGCGGUGGAGACGAUGGCUCAAUGUGCUUCUAUGACUGGAACAGUGGAACUCAGUUUCAGAAAAUGCAAACCACCAAAAUGCCAGGUUCUAUUGAAUCAGAAAGUGGUAUCUUUACCUCAUGUUUUGACAAAACUGGCUUGAGAUUGAUAACAGGUGAAGCUGAUAAAACCGUCAAAAUCUGGGGCCCUGAG